UAGUGCUGUAAUGUUAAUAACAGCUGGUAGAACUGUACAUAUUCAAAAAUGCAUUUCAAGUUCUUUUAAUGUUAAUUACAGCUUAACAUUCCAUUUUUGAGGUUAGCAUGUUUGUACUCAAUUUGGGCACAUCCUUUAUUGCCUUAGCUUUUGUGCAAUCUAAAGCCCUGUGUACCUUGACUUUAAUAACAACACUUUCAAUUACUUUACAGUUAAUACGAUGGCCUAAUGAGCAACAAAGACAAGAUAUUGCACAAGCUGUUCAGGGGACAUCAGGCUUUCCAGGAGUGAUUGGAUACCUGGAUGGUACUCACAUCAGACUCUCUGCUCCGAUUGGAGGUGACCGGGAUUAUUACAACAGAAAAGGAUUUCCUUCCAUGCAGCUGCAGGUGGUAGUUGACCCUAACAUGACGAUCAUCAGUGCAUAUACAGGCUGGCCAGGGUGCACUCAUGACGCCCGUGUGCUAAGGAACUCUCAGCUUUUUCAUAAAGCAGAAGCUGGCGAGUUAUUUAGUCCCAAUCAGCACAUAUUUGCUGACAGUGCAUAUCCACUGAGAAAUUGGCUGAUAACACCAAUUAGAAAUGUUGGCAAUCUGACACCUCAACAGAGACGCUUUAACACUAAAUGUUCUGGUCAAAGACAAACAGUGGAGAGAGCAAUUGGUCAUUUAAAGGGAAGAUUUCGUCGACUCAGAGAAGUCCCCUUUCACAGCGCAGAGGAAGUGUGUAAAUUUAUAAUUGCUGGAUGCAUAUGUCACAAUGUAUGUGUCAUGUGUGAGGAUGAUGUAGACAACUAUAUCGAAACUGAUGGACCACUGCAUCCAAAUAACUAUCAGAACAUUUAUCAACAUGGUUAUGACGGUGUUGCUAGGAAGCUACGGCUGGUAAAUGCAGUGUAGG